CAACAACAUCAACAACCUUCACCCUCACUCUCUCUCCAUUCCCUUAUAAAUAAAACCCAUCACCAACACAUUCUCAAACCCAAACACAAAACACACACUCUUUGUUAUCACUAUGGAGCCUCUCUCUUCCACCAAACAAAUCAAUAAUAAUAUAACCAAGCCUUCUUCUCUCCAUGUCGAAACACCACCUCUUGAACCAAGUCCCCUCCGUAAAAUCAUGGUGGUUGCAUCCAUCGCAGCCGGUGUUCAAUUCGGCUGGGCCCUACAACUAUCUCUUUUAACUCCCUACGUCCAGCUCCUCGGUAUCCCUCACACCUGGGCCGCUUACAUUUGGCUCUGCGGCCCAAUUUCCGGUAUGCUCGUCCAGCCUAUAGUCGGUUACCACAGCGACCGUUGCACUUCCCGCUUCGGUCGCCGUCGUCCGUUUAUAGCUGCAGGCUCAAUCGCCGUCGCUAUCGCCGUCUUCCUUAUCGGCUACGCCGCUGACCUCGGUCAUUCCUUCGGCGACAACCUCGACAAAAAAGUCCGUCCCCGAGCAAUUGGAAUCUUCGUCGUUGGAUUCUGGAUUCUCGACGUCGCUAACAAUAUGCUUCAGGGACCAUGCCGUGCACUUCUCGGCGACCUCUGCGCCGGUAACCAAAGGAAAACGAGAAACGCUAACGCGUUUUUCUCGUUCUUCAUGGCGGUUGGUAACGUCCUUGGUUAUGCUGCCGGUGCUUACAGUAAACUCUAUCACGUGUUUCCGUUCACCAAAACAAAAGCAUGUGAUGUUUACUGUGCGAACUUGAAAAGCUGUUUCUUCCUUUCAAUCGCGCUUUUGACAGUUUUAGCAACUUCCGCUUUGAUCUACGUGAAGGAAACUGUUCUUACGCCGGAGAAAACCGUUGUAACGACGGAAGACGGUGGUUCAAGCGGUGGCAUGCCGUGUUUUGGGCAGUUAUCGGGUGCUUUCAAAGAACUAAAGAGACCCAUGUGGAUCUUACUAUUGGUGACGUGUCUUAAUUGGAUUGCGUGGUUUCCUUUCCUCUUGUUUGAUACUGAUUGGAUGGGGAAAGAGGUUUAUGGAGGAACGGUUGGGGAAGGUCAUGCGUAUGAUAUGGGUGUGCGCGCGGGUGCUUUAGGACUCAUGUUAAACUCAGUCGUUUUGGGUGCCACGUCACUGGGUGUUGAUGUCUUGGCGCGUGGAGUUGGGGGCGUGAAGAGGUUGUGGGGAAUCGUUAACUUCUUGCUCGCAAUUUGUUUGGGUUUGACCGUUUUGGUUACUAAAUUAGCCCAACAUUCGCGACAAUACGCCCCCGGUACCGGUGGUUUACAAGACCCUCUUCCACCUUCCGGCGGUAUCAAGGCCGGCGCGUUAACUCUCUUCUCCGUUCUCGGAAUUCCACUCGCGAUUACUUAUAGUAUACCCUUUGCUCUAGCAUCUAUAUUCUCUAGCACCUCAGGGGCAGGCCAAGGGUUAUCUCUAGGAGUUCUUAAUCUUGCAAUUGUUAUACCACAGAUGUUUGUCUCUGUUUUGAGUGGACCAUGGGAUGCUCUAUUUGGAGGUGGCAACUUGCCGGCGUUUGUGGUGGGUGCGGUGGCGGCUCUAGCAAGUGGCAUACUAUCUAUAAUCUUACUGCCAUCUCCACCACCAGAUAUGGCCAAGUCUGUAUCAGCUACUGGAGGAGGCUUUCAUUAAAACAGUGUGGAACAUUUUCUUCAUGUGUCUAUCUUUUUUUGUCACCGCUUUUAAUAUGGAAGAAGAAGAAGGAAAACAAGAAUGUUUUUUUUUUUAUAUAAUUUUAAUUUGAAGCCGUUGUGUAGAAGGCUUUUUUAGAUUCCAACAAAAUGCUGCUCUAGAAUUGCCAUUUUUGUGGCAUGAAUGACUAAUAACCAGUCAUUUUUAAUUUGUAAAGUUUGAUGAGAGGCUGUAUACAGAUCCUGCUAGAGCAGGACUCAGCCCUUUCUUUAUUUAUAUGUCAUCUUUUGGUACAUUUUGGAUGCUUAGAGGAUAAUGUAGUGAUGAAGUAAACAUGCUUAGAUGCAUGUUUGUUUAAUCCAUUAAUAAUACUUAUGGGGAGAAUGUUCUGAAUUGAGCUACUCUUCCUUCUAUUGUAA